UUGCUUUUAGCACAAGUCACAAAUGUGUUGUUUAUGAAAAUAGUAUGCGUUUUGUCUGCAUGUAUUUGCUUAUGCAUGUAUUUACAUUUGAUUUAUCUUGCAGCAUAAGCCAGUAAAAACACUCUUCAAAUACAACACUUGAUUAAAUUCGGAACUAUCUUGAAGUUUCAAAAGUUUAUUGAAAUAUUAUUAAAUUCAACCCAUGAAAGUUCAAAGCCUUUUCACAAAUUGAUAAUAUGUAUUUUUGAAGGUAUAUAUUUUAAAUUAUGGAUUCAAAUGAUACUCGUGUGCCCGUUGAUGAAUUUAAUGCUGCUUUAUGGAGACGUUAUCACAACGGCAAAAUUAGAAAUGUCUAUCCACUGAUUAAAUAUAAUGAUAUUAUAGAAAAAAUAAAAACAAUCGAAGAAAAUCCACCGUGUAAUACUCCUGGAGAAUACUAUUUGCUACGAAAAUUUAUUGUUGUUAAUAUUAAUGGAAAAGAAAGAUUGUCCUGCAAGCCUGAAAAUUGCAUUUUGGCUGAAAAUUCUCAGGAAGUUGGUGUUUCUACGAAAUUUUAUGUUGCACUUGAAGAGAUUUAUGGUUUUCUGAAUGAAGCACAUAAAUGGAUAAAACAUGGUUGUAGAGAUAGGAUAGUCCGUAAACUUCAAAGUCAAGGUAUUGUAAACAUAACAAGAGACACUGUAGAAUUAUUCCUUUCUUUCUGUAAACUUUGCAGGCCAGGGAAAAAUUCUGCAUCUCGUAGAAUUGGACCUAAAAGUCAAUCAGUCCAAGUUUCAGGCAAUCCUGUAUCUAAAAAUAUCCAAGAAAUUCCAUUAACUAUAGAAAAUGGGACAGAAAACACUGUUUUAAAGAAUCUUUUAUCUUCAGAAGCCAAAACUGAAUUGAAUCAAAAUAAUUCUAUACCACAAACUACUGUUUGCACAUUUACUAGAGGAUUUAUAGAUUUAAUUGAUUAUAGUUUUUCACCAGAUGGAGAUUAUAGAUAUGUGUUUUUAUAUAUGGAUGUACAGACUUGUCUUUGUGCUUUGUAUCCAGUUAGAUGUAAAUGUACUUUUGAAAUAGUAUCUCAUCUUCUUAGUGUUUUCACUCUAUUGGGUCCACCUCAGGUUUUGCAUAGCAAUUUUGAAAACAAUUUUUUAUUUUCUAUUAUUCAAGAACUAAAACAGGCUCUACCAGAACUUAUAUUAGUUUCAGGCUCAACAAAUUAUGCAGAAGUUCAGGAAGUUGCACAAAAUUGUAUCUGUGAGGUAAAUUCCAUGUUAAAAACAUGGAUGUGUGAAACUAAGUCUAAUCAUUGGAGCUAUGGUUUGAAAUUAGUGCAAUUGAGAAAAAAUACCAAAAUCCCCUGUAAUAGUUCUAAGUCUUCAUAUGAAUGCUUUUUUGGACAUUCCUUAAAUUCAAAUUUGUCAUCUGAAAUUGACAUAAAUCUGUUAAAGAAAGCAGAUAAAGAAGAAAACUUAUUGAGUCUUAUAAAUGAACAGAAUUUAUCUGAAAAAGUGGUUCCUUCUUCACAACAAACUUGUGAACAUCUGCAAGUGUCACUGGAUCCAAAAAUAUGCUCACUGGUUCAAAAUAAUGUGCCUUCUGAUUUGCUAGAAUCUGAAAAUGAACAAAAUCUUUCUCCUGUGAUAAAACCUGAACCUCUCUCUGAUACAGAGGCACAAAAAGCAAAUGGUUUUGAGAUAAGUGAUUCAUCAAAUGACAGCUGCAUGUCACCAGGUCUUGGAAAUUUAGAAAUUGUAAUCAAACAAGAAGUAGAUGAUGAAGAUUCUUGAUAUAUGAAUUGAAAUCAAAGAAAUGGGCAUUUAUAGAAAAAUGAAGAAGUGAUAUCUGAUUUAUCAAAUACAUUCCAAAGAAAACUGUGGAAGAUUAUAGAUUUAUUUAUGACAGUUUGUUUUUGAAACAUUUUUA